CACACUGCACAGAACCAGUCUCAUUUUGUAAGCAUUCGUCAGUCAUCUCACCAUGGACUAUGAUGUGUAAUAUGCACAAGUUUUGUCGUAAUAUCAUUCUGUCGUUCGUAUAAAACGCUAUAUUUUUGAGGAAUUCUAUCAACAUUAUUGCAAGUUCACCGACCCGUGUACAAUGAUGGGUCAAUCGUCAAGAUUAUUGCUGUUGCUUGCGUUCUUGUUGGCUGCUGAUUUGUCUGGCGGCCAAUCGUGCUACGAACCAAACGACCCGGAGCCUUACGUAUAUUUUUCGCACAAGACGGCCUAUCAACUGAUACUGAACUCAAAGUUCAAACCGGUGCCUUAUUGCCGCCCGACGUUUGUAUGGAUGUUUAUCAGACCUGGCACCAGUUAUCCGAAUACCAACGAGUCCAUGGAAAUUCGUCAGUUGCACCAAUUCAAAAACAGGGUGAUAAAAAAUCAUGAAGAAAGACGAAAUGGACAUCUAUGUUCAAACGUAUUAGACAGCCUGAAACGUUGGGAAUUUGAGGUUAAUCCUACUUCAGAAGAUGAUAUUUCACCUCAAGGUAGGAUGGACAUGCAGCUACUCGCAAGAAGAAUGAAAGAUAAAAUGAGUGAAGUUUUAGCGAAAGAGAUCAACCCAAAUACGUUCAAAAUUUAUGCCAGUGAAGACCGAAAAGUUAUGAACAGCGCCGAAGAAUUUGCGAGGACUAUGUUUGGAAACGACUUCAGGUCUAAAAUUCCAAUCGAAAAAAUCGAAAACAAUUCUAGUUUUAUCGGGUUAGAGUCUUGUCCUAAGUGGACUGAUGCGGUCCAAAAUUCUGAAGCUUCGCUGUUUCGUAAAUCGCCUGAAUACUUGGACAUGGUGAGCCAGAUGAGUAAAAGACUAGGUUUUCUAGAAAACAUAACUGACAGUAUAAUACUUGCGAUGUACGAAUCAUGUCGGUAUCAUAAAGCACUCGUGAUCGAAUCUUACCCUGCAUGGUGUGGCCUGUUCACUAGACAAGAGUUACAGCUUUUAGAAUAUCAUGAAGAUCUCGACUAUUUCUAUAAAUAUGGUUACGGUUCUGAAAUAAACACAAAGGUGGGAUGUCCGAUCGCCAAAGAGCUGAUGGGAUAUUUGAAUGAUGUAGCAAAAAAUGAUACCGAUGGACCUUCGGCUGUAUUUAGGUUUGGUUCCUCGGCCGGGUUGUUAACUACGUUAUUGGCUUUGGGCGUGGCAAAAGACACGAUUUCUCUGACCCACUCCAAUUACCCUGCUCAGUAUCGUCGUCAAUGGAGAAUGUCACGAGUGGACCCAUUUUCCAGUAAUUUUGCCGUCGUAUUUUACAAAUGUGAGCAAGGUGACGAAGAGAACAAAGUCAUGUUCUACUUGAACGAGGGCGUGUACGAUUACCCGGGUUGCAACGUCGGUUUGUGCUCUUGGAAAUUCUUCGAGAACAAAUUUAAAGACUAUUUGGGACCAAAUGGCUGCAACGAAGAAGUGUGUCACGACAAAAGUCGAGCUUCGGAUGUUCGAUGCGGUGUUUUUGUCGCUGCACUUAUUCCAAUCGUACUCGCGUACUUGAGCGUUUGAAUAAUAUUACAAAUAUGACGUUUUUCAUUUGGCUGUGUCAUAAAUUAUAUAAUUAUUACAUUAAUAUUAUUAUGUUUUAGUAGUUAAUAUUUACAUUUUAAAUACUCGAAAAAGAAUAUAUUUUCAUACGAUAUUUUAUUCUCGUUACGAACUUCCAUGAAUGUCAUGCCUAAUGAUAUAAUAUUUUUAUGUUAUUGUCUAUCAUACUACUCGUGUAAACGUUUCUCAAAACACAAAAGAACAACACUCCCAUCCGGCGAAAUCCAACCAGUCAUUAUCAUGUAAAUUACUAUAUACUGGCACGUUACACUUUUCUUUUCUCUCUAUGGUUCCAACUGAAAGUCACGUUAAUAAUAUACCUACGAGUUACUAAAUAUAUUUUUUUUACAUUUAUCGCUAUUUAUUAUUUUUUUUAUUUUUUUACAAAAUAUUAUCAGCGUUAAACUUAAACAUAUUAAAUAUACCUACGUUAUAGACGUCAUGAUUACAAAAAAUGAUAUUAAAAAUAUCGUAUUACGAGCAGUACAAUAUUAUUUAAUUCACGUACAGCUGAUCAUAUUACUAUUGUAUUAAUCAGGCUGUAAGUGAGUAGAUUGAAUCAUUUUAAAUUGAAUAGAUGAUAAUUUUACUUAUUUUCAAUAGGUACUGCAGUCAUAAACAUGAUAAGUAGAAUAAACUUUAUCAAUAUGUACCUUUUAUCAAAUAAAAUACAUAAACCUUACUGUUUGCUAAUUAUAGAUUUCUUAAUUGACUGGUUUUAUCAUCCUAUGUUUGAAUCAUUUGAUCUCAUUAACAGCAUAGGUACGCUGGAUUUAAGCUGAUACCUGAUUUGAUUGCAGUUAUGAUAUAUUAUAUAAUUAUAUAUACCAAAAUAUAAUGGUACACAUUCUAAUAAUAGUUAUUUGUUCAAAUAAAUAUAGCGGGUAUAUUAUAAAAUAAUAAACGUUUUAUACUCAAAGUUUUAUGUAUGUAAUUAAUAAAAAAAAUGUAUUUUGUAUUAUAAAACUAACAUUAGACGUACAAAAAGGUAUAUGGAGUUAAUAUUAGACAGCUAACAAUCGUAAUUGCGUACUUGCACUUAGAAUAAUAUUAUGAUUACCUAUGACGUUUUUAUAUAUUUUGUGUAAUGUAUGAGUCGCAUGUUUUUGAAUAAGUGAUGUUGCAUUAUAUUUAUAUUAAUAGUAAUUAAA